AAAAGAAAUUGCAGGAAUAUUAAGUGAGAAGAGAAGAAGAGAGAAUGUCGGGAUCAGGAGUCACUCAACAAGAAGAGGACAAAAAGCCAGCCGAUCAGGCCGCUCAUAUCAACCUCAAAGUCAAGGGCCAGGACGGAAAUGAGGUGUUUUUCAGGAUCAAGAAAAGCACACAGCUGAAGAAGCUCAUGAAUGCUUACUGUGAUAGGCAGUCUGUGGAUUUCAACUCUAUUGCAUUCUUGUUUGAUGGCCGUCGUCUUAGGAGCGAGCAAACUCCUGAUGAGCUCGAGAUGGAGGAUGGGGAUGAAAUUGAUGCUAUGCUGCAUCAGACUGGUGGAUGCUUGGGUUAGUUUUAUAUCAGAGGGUUUUGGGACAGCUUAAAUUAUCUUCAGUAUAUAUUGGCUGAACUAUUAUGAAUAUAGUUUAGCUUGUACUCUGGUGGGCUAGUAAUGCGCUGCUUAUGGCUGGUCACUAUUUUUGGAUCUUGUUAUUGCCUUUUAUUAACUCCCGGGUUUUGAUAUGAUCAGUUUUUGGGCUGGUGGAGAGAUUGUCCCCUUUGAUUUCUAUUAUUGGUGGUCUUGAAUUUCUGGUUUUGAAGCAAAGCUUAAACUGACCAUGCC